AUGGGUGAUGCCUUGGCUAGUUCAUUUUCAAGGUUAUUAGCAAUUAGCAAAGAGUUAGAAGCGCAAGAAGAGCCAGCAAAAUCAUCAGAUUCAGAAGAUGACGGUGCCGACGAGGAAAACGUCACAUUUCAAAUCCCCGAAGAAAAUCAAAUCGAGAUCUCCGCACACGAAGAACCUCUGAAAAGUGUGGUCUCGCCAGAAUACGUCAAAAAAGUAAUGCGAGAAUUGCACGUAAUGAGCACCGAACAAUUGAGACAAGCAUUGAGUGUUAUAAAAGUGUCGACAAGUGGAACGAAAAGGCAAUUAAGGAAACGAGUCGCGCAAUAUUAUCGCAAGGAAAAUAUGUUGUUAAGUAGAAAAUUGGAGAAUAUCAAUUCGGAUAAGACAUUGAGAUAUUUCGAUUAUUUAAUAGCUAUCGAUUUUGAGUGUACUUGUGUUGAAAUCAUCUACGAUUAUCCGCAUGAAAUUAUCGAACUUCCCGCGGUUCUUAUUGAUGUUAAGGAGAUGAAGAUUGUUAGCAUGUUUCGAACAUAUGUUAGACCUGUUAGAAAUCCGAUUUUGUCCGAUUUCUGUAUUGCAUUUACUAGUGAGUUUUUUCGAAGGUUUUUCGAGAAAAAAUGUUGGUUUUUCUAUCACUGGUGGUGGUGGGAGCUUGACCAAUUUUUGACCAAAAAUGCAUCAAUUCGUUUUUUGGUCAAAAAUUGACCAAAAUUUUGUCGAAUCGUGAGUUUUGGUCAAUUUUUGGCCAAAUUCUGACCAUUUUUUGACCAAAAUCUGGCCACAACAGUGAUGUGAUCAAAAAUUGGUCGGAAAUUGGCCAAAAUCCACCACCGGUGUUGAUCAAAAUCGUGAUUUCCAAAUUAAAAAAUUGUACGCUAAGUAUAAAAACUGUGCAUUUUUCAGUUUUUGACCUGAAAUUCAGAUUUUUUUUCAAAAUUGUACUUUGGCCAGCCACAGAUUUUCCGAAAUGUGUUUCUAAUAGUUUUCGAGUCGCUGAUCAUGAUCCCAUUGUCAAAAAUUGCAAAACUCAACUUCUAAUAUGAGUUAUUUUUGUAAGUGGCAAAAUUUGGAAAUUUUGGGACUUUAACUAACUUCAAAGAUGAUUUUCAUGCAAUCCUGAAUUUACAUUUUUCACUGGACAAAAAUGGUUGAAAAUUCGAAAGUUCCCUUGAAUUUUCAACCAUUUUUGUCCAGUGAAAAAUUUUAAUUCAAGAUUGCAUAAAAAUCCUCUUUGAACGUAGUUGAAGUCCCAAUUUUUCGAAAUGCAAAAAAAAACUCAAAUUAGAAGUUGGGUUUUGUAAUUUUUGACAAUGGGAUCGUGAUCAGCGACUCGAAAACUAUUAGAAACACAUUUCGGGCAAUCCGUGGCUGGCCAGAGUACAAUUUUGAAAUAAAAAUCUGAAUUUCAGUUUUUAAAGGUCAAAAACUGUAAAAUUCACAAUUUUUUAUUUUGGAAAUCACGAUUUUGACCAAGGAAAACCUCCCAUUUUCAAAAAUUGCAAUUUGCAAAACUCAACUUCUAAUAUGAGUUAUGACGUGGCAAAACCUGGGACUUUAGGAGAAAUUAUGUAAUUGAGCUUGCUGAACAACUCUAUACUUUCAGAUUUUCAUGAAAAUCAUUCAAGAACCUUUAAGCUCCUAAAAUUGGGACUUCAGGAGCUGAAAACUGGCUUCAAAAAUGAUUUUCAUGGAAAUCUGAAAGUAUAGCGUUGUUCAGCAAGCUUAAUUACAUAAGUUCUUCUUAAGUCCCAAAUUUUGCAACGUCAUAACUCAUAUUAGAAGUUGAGUUUUGCAAAUUGCAAUUUUCGAAAAUGGGAGGCUUUCUUUGGUCAAAAUCGUGAUUUCCAAAAUAAAAAACUGUGAAUUUUUCAGUUUUUAUAUUGGAACUGCAAUUUUUGAUGUCAAAAAUACUAGAAAAAAUUUUUCUGUUUAGAAAUCGCGCAAGAAACCGUCGACAAAGCUCCAUAUUUCCGCGAAGCUCUUCAACUUUUAUACGAUUGGAUGAGAAGAUUUGGACUCGGUGAAAAAGGCGUGCGAUUCGCUUUUGUCACCGACGGACCUCACGAUAUGUGGAAAUUCAUGCAAUUCCAAUGCAUUUUAGCCGGAAUGAAAAUGCCACAUAUGUUUCCGAAGUUUUAUCAACAUCAAAAAAAUCUUUAAAGAUCGAUUUCAUGGAAUCGCAAAAGGCAACGGCAAAUCGGGAAUCGAGAAUAUGUUGGAGAAAUUUGAUUUGAAGUUUCAGGGAAAUAAACAUUCGGGUUUGGAUGAUGCGAAGAAUAUUGCAUAUAUUUGUUUGGAAAUGAUGAAGAGGAAGAUUGAGUUGAGAAUUAAUCAGAGAUGUGUGUAUAUUUUGAAUCGCAAUCAACAAAAUGAUGAAUAUGUGAGUUUUUUUUAUUGAAAAAUUUAAAUUUUCUGCUAGAAAAUAGUUUUUUGUGCGAGUAUUUUCGUCAAUUUUAAGAUGAAUAUCGAAAAUGACGUGUUUUUUUAAUCAGGAAGUUAUCGUAACUCGUUCAAUUUCAGUUUUCGCUAAACAACUCUCUGAGGAGCACAAAAAUGAGCCAAAAAUCGCAGUUUUGAGAGCCUAUGACUCAUGUUAGAGAAGAUUUUAUGAAAAACUGAAUCGAUUUACCAAAGUUUUCAAAACUUUUCGAAAAAUUAAGAAAUGAGCCUAUUUUCUGACAAUUUUUGCCUUUUUGGCUCACAAAUGUCAGAAAAUAGGCUCAUAUCUGAAUUUUUUCGGCCCUUCUGAACAACAUGUAUUCAGUUUUUGAUAAAAUCUUCUCUAACAUGAGUUAUGGGCUCUCAAAACCGCGAUUUUUGGCUCAUUUUUGUGCUCUUCAGAGAGUUGUUUAGCGAAAGCUGAAAAAAAACACGUAAUUUUCAAAAAAUCGAUAUUCAUCUCAAAAUUGACGAAAAUACUCGAUCUAAAAAGGCUUUUGUAGCUGAAAAUUUCAAUUUUUCAAUGAAAUUUGGAUGUAAUUAGCUUGACAGAAAUUUUCCGUUUCAAAAUUUUUGUUAAGCUAAAUAUAUUCGAAUUUUAUUGAAACAAUGAAAUUUUCUGCUACAAAAUCGAUCCCGAAUUCAGUUUUUGCUGAAAAAUUCACUGAAGAGCACAAAAAUGAGCCAAAAAUCGAGAAUUUUCUGAAAAUCGCGGUUUUUUGAGUGCCUAUAACUCAUGUUAGAGAUGAUUUUAUCAAAAAUUGAGUACAUGAGAUUGUUCAGAAGGUUUUGACAAAAUUUUUCCUGACAAUUUUGUGACAUCUGAAUUUUUUGGAAAUUUUGUCAACGUCCUGUAUUCAGUUUUUGAUAAAAUCUUCUCUAACAUGAGUUAUAGGCUCUCAAAACCGCGAUUUACAGAAAAUUCUUGAGUUUUGGCUCAUUUUUGUGCUCUUCAGUGAAUUUUUCAGCAAAAACUGAAUUCGGGAUCUUUUCCAGCGUGAAAAAAUUUAAAAAAUUAUAUAUGUCCAUCAUUUUUUGCUGAAAGACACUUCGAAGAGCACAAAAAAUGAGCCAAAUAUUCAAAAACUUCACAAAUUAUUGAUUUCCUAUUUUUAGAGAAAGACGAAAAUCUGCUGAAUCAAAACGUGGAUAUUUCUCGCCGCGACUUCCAAAUGUGGAUGCGAAAACUGCCACUAAAACUACAAGUUGUCUCGCGUCGCGAUUUCUGCGAAGAAAAAUAUUUGGAAUGCGAAUCGUGCGAAGAAUUGACCGAUGAACAGGUACUAAAUCGUAGAAGACACGUGCAUUCUUGUGAUAUUUAUCAGAUUUUUGAAAAUGAGGAUUUUGAAAUUUGGCAAUUUUCUGUUGGAUAAAGUUUUUCGAUAUUCAAAAUGAUCUUUGGGAGAAAAAAAAACUAGAAAAACGAGAAUUUUCAGAAUGAAAUGGAAAAAAAUCGCGCGGAAAUCGAGAAAUUGAUGAAUUCGAAAUUCGAGAAAGCAUUGAAAACAUCAGUGAAAAUUCCAGUCAGAAGGGAAGAUUUGGAGAGAAGUUCAAGCAGUUCGGAUAGUGAAACCUAUGAGACAAAUGAUGAUGAAGAUUUGACAGAAGAGGAGGAUUUAUUUAAUAAUGGGGGUAAGGAUUUAUUAGGGUUAUUAAAAAAAUAAGGAAAAACAUUUUUUGACCAAAAAUUUCGAUUCAGAAAAUGAAAAAAAUAGAGUUUUUUGACAUUUUCGGAAUUUUUUUGGUAAAAAAAAUGUUUUUCUAUUAUUUUUUUGCUUUGAAUUAGUAUUUUGAGAAAGAUUUAUAGAUAUAUAUAAUAUUAGAGUCUAGAAAAUUCCAGAAAAAACUUGGAAUUUUCUGGAACAUACAAAAAAAUCGAUGAGAUACAAAUUUUUAGUCGCUUUUUUUGGGCGGGGAAAAAGUAUGGAAAUUUUUUUGAGAAGAAGUGCGAGAUUUUCAACGAAAAAAGGUGGAAUUUGAGGUUUCUGAAAAUCUUUAAAAAAUUUUGGAAGCUUAAAUUUUUUAAAAUUCAAAUUUAAAAUUUUUUAGAUAAUUCUGAAAAUUGAAAAUUUUUAGAUAAUUCUGAAAAUCUUACAAAAAAUUUGGAAACUCAGACAAAAAAGAAAAUUCAAAUUUGAAAAUUUUCAGAUAAUUCUGAAAAUUGAAAAUUUUUUUUAGAUAAUUCUGAAAAUCUACAAAAAAAAUUUGGAAACUCAAGUUUUUGAAAAUUCAAAUUUGAAAAUUUUUAGAUAAUUCUUCAAAUUGAAAAUUGAACAUUUUAAAUAGUUCUGAAAAUCUACAAAAAAAUUUGCGAAACUAAAAUUUUUGAAAAUUCAAAUUUGAAAAUUUUCAGAUAAUUCUGAAAAUUGAAAUUUUUUAGUUAAUUCUGAAAAUUUUUGAAACUCAAAUUUUUGAAAAUUCAAAUUUAAAAAUUUUCAUAGAAUUCUGAAAAUUGAAAAUUUUUAGAUAAUUUUGAAAAUUCAAAUUUGAAAAUUUUCAGAUAAUUCUGAAAAUCUACAAAAAAAUUAGAAACUAAAAUUUUAGCUCUUUUUUAUGGGAGUCUAGGCUCCGCCCAUUUUUCUGCAAUUUUAGGGCAGGCUUUUUUCAGUUAAAUUUGUUUAAAAUUGAAAUAUUUGAAAAUUAAGCUCCGCCCACUUUCUUUGCAAUUUUAAGGCAGGCUUUUUCAGUUUAAUUUCUUAAUAUUUGAAAAUUAAGCUCCGCCCAUUUCUCUGCAAGCAAAUUCGAGGCAGGGUUUUUCCAGAUUAAUUAAACAAGAUUCAAAAAUUAUGCUCCGCCCAUUUUUUUGCAAUUUUAGGGCAGGCUUUUUCAGUUCAAAUUCUUAAUAUUUGAAAAUUAAGCUCCGCUCAAUUUUUUUUUUGCAAUUCUGCGGCAGGGUUUCUUCAGUUCAAUUUUUUAAUAUUUGAAAAUCAGGCUCCGCCCAUUUUCUAUGCAGUUUAGCCGCAUAGUUUUUAACAUUAAGCUCCGCCCAUUUUUCUGUAAGCAAAUUUGAGGCACGGUUUUUUUUAAAUCUUUUAUUUAACAAGAUCAACUAAAAUCUAGAAUUUGAAAAAUACAGUGGCUUCUUUGAAGAAAAAUCCUGAAUUCUAAAAAUCAAAAAAUUCCAGAACCCGGCACAUUCGCCGUCGCCGAAGACAUCGACGACGAAGUCGAACUCGAAUCAAUCUGGCGACACGACGAUUCAACAGACAACGAGAUCUGCGCUGCUCGCCGUCGCCAACAUCCACCAAACACCGAACAAUCAAUAUCUUCGUCAACUUCUUCUUCCUCGAUCUCAACAUCUUCGUCAUCUUCAACAGUUAUAACAUCUACACGUGCUUCUGAUCUUCAGCCACCUCGAAAUUCGCUGGCUAGUGCAAAUCGACAUUUUCAGCGAUUUGUUUCGAAGUGA